UCUAACGUGACGUCUGGUCAGCUGACCGCUGCUGCCGCAAGGAGAAAGAUGUCGCUGACGAGCUGCCGAAGGAUGGAGGCUGUUUCCGUCGUUGCUAUCUUCUGCUUCUUUGUCACAACUGGUGUGCUUGGAGACAGCCUGACGGUGCUGCAGGCUCCAGAGUUUGUGUCAUUCCAGAAAGGCGACUGGCCCGUAUCUGGAGAGAGGGUCCCUGACAUGGUGGCGCUCACCAUGGGCUUUUCUGUUCAAGAGGAUCUGUCCUGGCCAGGUCUCCAGGCUGGGCCACUGUUUCAGCGACCCCGGGCUAAUGUGUUAGUUGUGGUGAGAGGAGUUGAUAGUCUGGACUUGCCUCAGAAUGUGGCCUCCUACCCCCUGGAGAAUCCUGUCCCCUUCACCCUGGAUAGUGUUGCAGAGACUGUUCACUCUUUGUUUGCUGAGUACACCCCUGUAGUGCUUCAGCUGGCUCCCAGUGAGGAGCGGCUCUAUAUGCUGGGCAAAGCCAACGCUGUGUUUGAAGACUUGCCAGUCACCUUGCAGCAAAUCCGUGCUCGUCUGUCCCAGGACGGGUCAGUGCUGACUUCUCUUCCUCUCAACUCUCUCAGCAGAAAUUCAGAGGCUGAUUUGCUUUUCCUGUCUGAAGUCCAAGUACUGCAUGAUAUCACGGCUCUGCUGCAGAGGCACAGACAUUUGGCCAAGGACUACUCCCCAGACUUGUACUCACUGGAAUUGUCUGGCUUGGAGGAGCUGAGUCGGAUUUAUGGCAAAGACUCUCCUCAGUACCGCGACGCCACAGCCAUUCUUGCAUCUGUGCUUCAAAAGUUUGGAGAAGAUGUGUAUCGUCUCUAUGGUAACAGCGCUGUGGUAGAGGUUGUCACAGUGAAGACCUUUGAAGCUCCUCUGACCAGGAAGUCCCGUUCAAUCCUGGAAUCUAAACAGAUUAGUAACCCAGGCAGCCCGUACAACCUGGCAUACAAGUACAAUUUUCAGUACGCUGUGGUAUUUAACAUUGUGCUGUGGCUGAUGAUCGCUUUGGCCCUUGCUGUCAUCGUCAUUGCCUACAACCUGUGGAACAUGGAUCCAGGAUAUGACAGCAUCAUCUACAGGAUGACCAAUCAGAAGAUCAGGAUGGACUAAGUCUUGACCAUCUACACUCCUGCUGUCCCCUUAAACCCUUCUUGUGAAUGUUUGUGUUUUUUGUGCAAGGUCUUGUGUCGUGAAAAAGUUCUUGUUUGAUAGGAGGAAGCGCACAACACCGAAACACCUUUGUGUUUACAGUACUGGCAAGGUAACGGACAAAAAUCUCGGCAUUGCAGUGGUGGCUCUGUAGCCUGUCUGCAGAUGUAUCUUUCUCCUCUGGGGAACAUAAUAAACAAAUUCAAACUUCCUCCUUUCAACUUCACAGCUCCCAUCAUUCCUUACAACUUAAACUCCUCACUAACUUUGUUUCAUGCUUCCCUUGGUGAUUGCAACUGUAUUUUUUUAUUGUAAAAACAAUUCUAUUGUAAUAUUAUGAAAGAAGUAGAUUCAUCUGGAUUCCUUGUGCUUGUUUUGCUGUGUGAAAAUGUUUAAGUUAAAUUUAUGUGUAUAUAUUGAAUAUACAAAUAUGUAAGAGAAACUGCUGUAGUCUCAUCGUGAAAGAUGUGUUCAGAUAAAGAUCUAUUCCAGAUGAAAAAUGUUUGUUGGGUUAAAUAAAAACUUGAUCAUUUUUGUUGUUAAGAUUGAAAAAUGAUAAGUGAAGCGCUGUAAAUUGCAAGAAAUGCUUAACAAUAAAUUAUUUCACUGAA